AUGGCCAUAGAAGCCUCUCAACCAAGCAGCCCGUCUUCGCCUCCUCGCUCCUCCUUGAUCGAUCCCCAUUCGGGAGAAGUCGUGGAUUGGCUACAGGAUAUUCUGCGCCCUACCCUGAUCAUCAACAGACGCCAGUAUAACCUUUAUCUCGAUACCACAACUCUAAAGUCUCCGCCGCGACCCCUGUUGCAUGCUAUGAAUCUCAUUGCAUGUCACAUCAUUAGCUUAUCGGCAAAUGCGGACACUCAUCCGUCUCUACAAGAAUUGGAAGAGCUCAAGCGCGUGCUGCUAAAAAAUGUGCACAAUGGCAUUCACAUGUCUCUCGAAAACGCACAGGAUCUUGUUGCGGGAGUAGUCUGUGCCCCUGCACUUGCUGCACAAUACCUGCUUCAGGUUGGGAAGUUUGCUGAGGCUCAUUGGCUGUCCAGCACUGCCAUUAGAUUCGGCCAUCAAUGGGUCGGUGGAGAUGGUGACAACAGUAGCUCAAGAGGUAUAAUAUCUUCCGAACCAGUUGGCACUCUUCUGGUUCCAGCUUCCAAUGCCCGGGAACACCACGAUCGAUCCAUGGCGUGGUGGUUAGCAUUCGCAACUGAUGGGAUGGUGGAAAUAGUUGCCAAACUUCCUUCUGCGCUUCGGCCAGAGUUGCGAGUCUGCAUUGGAGAUGUAGACUCUGAAUUAGGAAGGAUCAGGGGGAUUAUCACUCCGUUUCCACUAAUGGAAGAUGCGUAUGAGCAGGGUGUUAAUCAAGCAUCUCUCGGCCUCAGUAUUAGCGAACUAUUUCUGGGAAACGAUAGUGAAUUUCAGGAUCCUAGCAUGAACUCUAUCUUUUCAAUGCGCUUAAAAAGCAUGGCCUUCGUUACGGUCGCAGGGUUACUCUCUGAUGAUUACUGCGUCAGCCAGUCAUUUAGAGCCAACCUGUUUCAACGUAUAGACCAGAGUAUCUCAAGAUUCAUCGAAUCACUUCCCAGUUCAGCCUACCAUAAAUCUACUCACGCCGCUGUGUCGUCGGAAAAUGAUGAUUCCGUCAAAUCCAACAUGGUGCUGGCUCACAUGCUUGCAUAUUUAGCCAAAAUUCGUUUAUAUAGCAUCUCCCCUGAAUUCUCUCAAAAUCGAUUGCAUACAGCUUUAUUGGUUGGUCGUCUGGCUUCUCAACUCAACAUUAUCCCCGAUGCCAAUGUGGCCACCCUAAUAACUCGAUGCUGUUCAGAAGCACUUCAUAUCAUCAGCCCUCCUGGUACCGCGUAUGAUAUUCAACUUCCAGAGGCUGCUUCUCUGCGUCUCUUGCUCGAUUUACUUGUCCGCUAG